GAGAGGUGACACUGCUGGGAAUGCUGGGACAUUAUACAGUAACACCACUGGAGGGGUCGGGGUGAUGACGGUAUCAUUGUGUGUCAGGUUCCUAUAAGGUGUCAGGACGUGGCGGUCUAUUUCUCCAUGGAGGAGUGGGAGUAUGUAGAAGGACACAAGGAUCAGUACAAGGAUCAGGUCAUGAUGGAGGAUCAGCAGCCCCUCACAUCACCAGUCAGAUCCAGUAAGAGAACAGCACCAGAGAGGUGUCCCCGCCCUCUUCUUCCACAGGAUGAUCAGGGAGAAGAUCGGAAGAAUAUUAAUGCUCUAGAGGCAUAUGUGAGCGGUGAUGAGCAGUAUAAGGAGGACAUUCUUACAGAGAAAGAUCUGAUCCACAUUAAUGCUACAGAGAUAAAAGAAGAAGAGACAGAUGUGGGUGGUGAUGAGCAGUAUAAGGAGGACAUUUCCACAGAGAAAGAUCUGAUCUAUAUUAAUGCUACAGACAUAAAGAAAGAAAAGACAAAUGUGAGUGGUGAUGAGCAGUAUAAGGAGGACAUUCCUACAGGGAAAGAUCUGAUCUAUAUUAAUGCUACAGAUAUAAAGGAAGAAGAAGCAGAGACAGAUGUGAGCGGUGAUGAGCAGUAUAAGGAGGACAUUCCUACAAGGAAAGAUCUGAUCUAUAUUAACGCUCCAGACAUAAUAGUAAAAGUAGAAGAAGAGACAGAUGUGAGCGGUGAUGAGCAGUAUAAGGAGGACAUUUCUACAAGUAACCACCCAGAUAAUUGUACCUGGAGAUCAGAGGAGAAUCUUAUAUCUUCAGAUUAUAAAGCAGAUGAUGAUAUCACACAAGAUACAUAUGAAGAACAUUCCAUUAUCCCAGAUACACCCUCAGCCCUUCACAGCCAAGAUCUGUCAUCUCAUCCUUAUAUACAGGUCCUGUCUUCUCACUCAUCACAGGAUGUUCUGCAAAAUAAAGGUCACAGAAGGGGUGUUGGACAUCAACGAGCUCAUACAGGAAAGAAACCAUUUUCAUGCUCAGAAUGUGGGAAAUGUUUUACAUUUAAAUCAGUUCUUGUUGUACAUCAAAGAACUCACACAGGAGAGAAGCCAUUUUCAUGUUCAGAAUGUGAAAAAUGUUUUAAUCGGAAAUCACAUCUUGUUCAACAUCAAAGAACUCACACAGGGGAGAAAACAUUUUCAUGUUCAGAAUGUGGAAAAUGUUGUACUCAGAAAUCAGAUCUUAUAAAACAUCAAAGAGCUCACACAGGGGAGAAGCCAUUUUCAUGUGUAGAAUGUGAUAAAUGUUUUAUUAAGAAAUCAUAUCUUUUUGUACAUCAAAGAACUCACACAGGAGAGAAGCCAUUUUCAUGUUCAGAAUGUGAAAAAAGUUUUAAUCGGAAAUCACACCUUGUUCAACAUCAAAGAACUCACACAGGGGAACAAACCUUUUCAUGUUCAGAAUGUGAAAAAUGUUAUACUCAGAAAUCAGCUCUUAUAAAACAUCAAAGAACUCACACAGGGGAGAAGCCAUUUUCAUGUUCAGAAUGUGGGAAAUGUUUUACUCAGCAAUCAAAUCUUGUUAAUCAUGAACGAAUUCACACAGGAGAGAAGCCAUUUUCAUGUGUAGAAUGUGAGAAAUGUUUUACUAAGAAAUCAUAUCUUGUUGUACAUCAAAGAACUCACACAGGAGUGAAGCCAUUUUCCUGUUCAGAAUGUGGAAAAUGUUUUGCUCAGAAAUCAGAUCUUGUUAAACAUCAAAGAACUCACACAGGGGUGAAGCCCUUUUUAUGUGCAGAAUGUGGGAAAUGUUUUACUGAUCAAACAAGUCUUAUUCAACAUCAAAGAACUCACACAGGAGAGAAGCCAUUUGUAUGUGUAGAAUGUGAGAAAUGUUUUACUUGUCAAUCAAAUCUUCUUAAACAUCAGAAAACUCACACAGGGGAGAAGCCAUAUUCAUGCUCAUAAUGUGGGAAAUGUUUUAUUUAGAAAUCAUUACCUAUUAGAUAUCUAAGAAUUCCUACAGGAGAGAAGCCAAUUCAGAGCAAUAAAUGAUGCAGAUAACACAUCUAUAUAUUAACCAUGUACAUAGGAUAUCUGACAUUUAUACAUAUAUCAUAUACUGCAUCUCCAAACUUGUUACCAAUUGUUAAUAAAAGUUUUCUUUUA